AUGGCUAAUCCCAUGUUGUUAUUGAGUUUGCUAGCAGUUAGUUUCAGUCUGGCCAGUGCCUUUGAUCCUAGUCCUUUGCAAGAUUUCUGUGUCGCCGAUUUCGAGAGAUCAGUACAAGUAAAUGGUCAUGUUUGCUUGUACCCUAAGUAUGUACAUGCUGAUAAUUUCUCCUAUAGUGGGCUUAAUAUAGCUGGCAACACUUCAAACCCCCUUGGCUCUUACAUAAACCGGCUCACCGUGGAUCAGAUACCUGGACUAAACACACUUGACAUCUCGACGGUGCGUGUUGACUUUGCACCAGGGGGUGUUGUCCCUAUCCAUAGACACCCUCGUGCCACUGAGAUAGUUACAGUGUUAGAAGGCAGACUUCGUGUUGGUUUCGUGACUUCCGACCCUGAAAACCGAGUCUUCAGUAAGAUCCUUCAAAAGGGAGAUGUAUUUGUGUUUCCUAUGGGGCUUGUGCAUUUUCAACAAAAUGUGGACAGUGGAAAUACUGUUGUUGUCGCCUUCUUGAAUAGCCAGAACCCCGGUGUUGUCUCCAUUGCUGAUGCUGUUUUUGGAUCACACCCACCCAUUGAUGAUGACAUACUAGCCAAGGCCUUUCAGGUCGACAAGACCAUAGUCGAAGAUUUUCGAUCUCAGUUCAACUAG